AUGCCCGCUUUCCGGUUACCCCACAUCUUGCGCCAAGCUGAGCAAUAUCCCAAUGCCGCCAAUCUACUUGCCGCACGUUUGCGGGACGACAUGAAACCGUUGACCUCUCAAAUUCACAUUGCCACCCAGGUAUCAGAGAAAAUGCUCGCCAGACUGACCGGUCGGGAUCCUGUGAUCUUUGAUGAGAACCUCAAGUCGUUUGCGGAAAUACAUGAACGCAUCGAGAACGCGCUGAAAGCACUCAGCGAUGCCGACAAGGAUGUUGUCAAUCGGUAUGGGGAAGAAGUGUCACCUACCACGUUAGGCCCGGACAAGAUCCUAUCGAUCAGCGGGGCCGCAUUUGCCAACGGCACAGCAAUGCCUAACAUAUUUUUCCAUCUCACUAUCGCGUAUGCGAUCUUGAGAAAGGAAGGCGUGCCGUUAGGAAAACGGGACUAUAUCAUGAGUUUCGUCGCCCCACAAAUUGCCAGAAGCCAAUAA